AUGGCAGAAGUUUCACCUAUAACGAAACAAAUAACUAAAGAAAACCUGGACUUUAGAUCUGCUGCAAUAGUUGAUUUUAGUAUUGAAGAAGUUGAGGAUUGUUUAGUGUAUGACAAACACGGAGUCGCUGUUCCGUUUCAGAAAUUAUAUCAAGACAAGAAAUCGAUCAUCAUUUUUGUACGGAAUUUCUUGUGCUACAGCUGUAAAGAAUAUGUGGAGGACUUGAGCAAAAUCCCAUUAGACACACUGCAGGAAGGAAACAUCAACCUUGUUGUGAUUGGACAGUCUUCUCCUCAACAUAUAGAGCCAUUCUGCUCACUGACAGGAUAUCCUUAUGAAAUAUAUGUCGAUCCAGAGAGGUGCAUUUAUCAGAAACUUGGGAUGAAAACAGAAGCAACGUUCACAAAGUCAGGUCACAGCAGUCCACAUGUUAAGUCAAGUGUUUUCACUGGCCAAAUUAAGAGUAUCUGGAGGGCUGUAACUAGUCCAGCCUUUGACUUUCAAGGGAACUUACAUCAACAAGGGGGAGCUAUGAUUGUCGGACCAGGCUCUAUCGUCCAUUUCUUCCAUUGUGAUUUGAACCAUCUGGAUCACAUGCCCAUUAACUGGCUCCUGCAGUUGGCUGGAGUUCAACACACCCUGGAUUUUAGUCAUAGGCAUAAAAUAAUCCAUGUGUAG